AUGAGCUCCGAUCCACGUCCUCCCUUCUCCUUCUGCAGUCGGACAGUCCGUCUUGGAACAGUGCUACCAGUCACGAGGAAGGACUCCGAGAACGAGAAGCAUUGGCGCCCAAGCCCCAAACCUGCUCCUCGUCCCCGCAAAGCACUCAGUAAAGCCGGUAUCAUCACCAUCCUCCUCGUCAUCUGCUUUAUCAACCUUUUUCUCAUGAACUACAGACACUCCAGCUCCUCCUCAAACACCCAGGGCUACGGCCAAAAGGGUGGUUUUCGUCGCAUUCUGGCGCUGUCUGAGUUGGCCAAGCCCAUCCUUGGGGCUGGGUCGGGGUCGGAGGUGGAAGCUCGUUCAUCCUUCAAAUUCCGCUUCGAGGGAAAGGAUAUUGAACUCGACCCUGGCUCCGUCAGGCAUAAUCCCCACAUACGAACUCUCCGUCACGGGCCCCAGACCCACGGCCAUACCGUUGAUUUUCCUCUUCUACUGUCGGCUACUGCGCCAGGGAGUUUGGUGGAGGAGUACCGGAAGUCGUGGUUGUUGGAGGGAGGAGAUCCGAAGGGAAGGGAAAUUCCUGGUGAUAUUCUACAGAUUUGGAUCGGUACGCGGCCAGAAGACGUUCCCUUUACGAGUCAUUUAUGGCAGGCGGUUCAUCCCGAGGCUUCGUAUACACUUGUCGAUUAUUCCAUGGCUGGGGAUAUCCUUCAAGCUCUUGGAUCCGAGGUUCAGAGACUCUAUCGACUCUUGCCAGACAGCAAACUCAAGAUGCAGUUCCUACGCUACGCAAGUCUACUCCUAGUCGGCGGUAUAUCCGCAGACGUCGAUGUACGGCCCAUCAAACCCUUCACAGCGUGGGGUGAGGACGCAGCGAUAUGGCUACCAGACUUUUCCACGCCUGCACGGGGUUUGGUGAAGGAUAACGUCAAAGCUGUCGAGCUUGCGGAGACUUAUGGAACGUCGCUUGGUUAUCAUUUGGGGCAACCGAGCUUUAUAGUUGGUGUGAAGGAUGAGAGGAGUUCGGGUGAUGCCUCCGACGAUGAUGUUGAUGGACCGAAGAUCUGUUUUGCGCAGUGGGCAAUGGGGUGUGCACCUGGACACCCGAUCGUCUUGGAGGCGUUGGGGGAGGUUAUGAAAGAGUUCCACAAGGCUGAAUCCAUUCGCGAUGAAAAGGAGGAAGGACGUCGUAUUGGCAAACUCUCGCCAGAGACGAAGAAGCACCUCGCCGAUACCCUGAGCGCGGAGAAGAUGUCCGCCAAGAUAUUUGAAUACCUCGCUGACCUUGGAUUCAAUUGGAAGGAAGCGAGGGAGCUGGAGAAACCACUUCGUGUUGGAGACGUUCUUCUGCUGCCCUGGGCUGCGUUUUCGAGGGAUCAUUAUGAGGUGCAGGAUUAUCUGAGUCAUGGUGAGGUUUGUGCGUUCCAUCAACAUGCGGCUUGA